AUGUUAGAGAAUGAAACAUUGCAUAGAGAUGUGGUUGAAACUAUACAAGAAAUCUUGAAUCGACACAAUCCAUUUGUGCGGACACUUCAUCACCUAGCACAAUGCCAAGAUUUGGAAACUUGCAGACUCAUCAUUAGAGAGCAACCUGCAAACCAACGUCAGUAUAGUUUGCCUUCAGAGUCUCAAGUUGCUGCAGUAAUAGUGGGUGCAGAUGAUGUAGAAAAUCUUAGAGGUCGUGAUAUUGUGGUACAGACAAGGCAGGGUCAACUUUUAAAUGUCCAAGAUUGUGCGGGCUACUAUGAUCCUUUACAGUAUCCAUUGCUUUUACCUUAUGGCACAUAUGGAUGGGAUGUGAAUAGUCGGAAUAAUAAUGGUAAAAAAUUGACGUGUCGUGACUAUUACGCGUAUAUUUUGCAGAUUCGUCCACAUGAGGAAUCAAUUUUACUCCGAGGAGGCCGCCUGUUACAACAAUAUGUCGUCGAUAAUUAUGUGAAAAUUGAAACACAAAAGCUACGAUGGAUUUGUGGUAAUCAAGAUACCCUGCGACGUGAACUUUAUAAUGGACUCCAAGACUCACUUAAUGUCGGUGAAAACAAUGCGGGUAAUAUUGGUCGCAGAACUAUUUUGCCCUCCUCAUUUAUUGGUAGUCCACGUGAUAUGCACCAAAGAUACCAAGAUGCAAUGGCUUUGGUUCAAAAAUACGGGAAGCCAGAUAUUUUUCUCACAAUGACAUGCAACCCGAAUUGGGAAGAAAUAAAGGCAGAGUUAUUACCGGGUCAAGUGGCACAAGAUCGCCCAGAUUUAUGUACUCGGAUUUUUCGCGCCAAAUUAGAAGAGCUGAAGGAAGAUGUUAUCAAAAAAGGGGUUUUGGGUACUGUUGUUGCACAUGUUUAUGUCAUCGAAUUUCAAAAACGUGGUUUCCCACAUGUUCAUAUGCUUCUCAUGUUAAAUGACGAUGAUAAGUUGAAUAACCCGGAUGAUUAUGACAAAAUUGUUCGAGCUGAAAUACCAAGUCAAGAUAAAGAGCCGGAGUUGUACAAUGCAGUAUUGAGGCACAUGAUACAUGGUCCAUGUGGAGUACAUAAGCGAAAUGUCCCACGUAUGAAGCGUGGUAGUUGUAAACAAGGUUAUCCAAGCCAUUUUCAGCCAACAUAUUUUAAGGGAAUGACUCUUAAUGUUCAUCCAAAUGCGGAAUCUGAUUUCAAUGAAAACAGACAAGUAGAUAACAGUUCAGCAAUGAUCAUAUUACGUAUUUGA